UAAAUGUCACUUUUUUUGUUUUGCCUUCGUUUCUGCAACAAUUUUUUUUUAGCAAAAAAUUCUGAAAUAUAUAUUAAGCUUAUUUCUAACAGAAUACAAAAAUAGUUAUAUUAUUUUAAAAAUACAAUGCACGCUAAAGGAAAAAGUGUCAUGAAUGGGCCAGGGUCAGAUUAUACCAAGAAAACGCAAAAUGGAACAACACCACUUAAUCGAUCAGAAACAAAAAAGUCGUUGGUGAUAUUGUUAAUUAUUUUUAUUCUUAGUUUAUCGGCAUUAUUUUACGUAUACAUGAUGUUUCCAGAAUUGGAAGAGUCGGAGAAGCAACAUGUUAAACUCCCCUGGAAUAUAGAAGAUGCAAAAAUGCUUGCAAAAGUAUUAGAUAGGUACAAAGACAUGUAUUAUUUUGAAGUAAUGUUCGGUGUUAUAGUUGUAUACAUAUUUCUUCAAACAUUUGCCAUUCCCGGAUCGUUGUUCCUUUCAAUUUUAAGUGGAUUCUUGUAUAAUUUUCCGAUAGCUUUAUUAAUAGUGUGUUGUUGUUCAGCAAUUGGAGCAACUAUGUGCUAUUUAUUAUCACAAUUAGUGGGUCGACGAUUAAUCAAACAUUUUUGGCCUGACCGUGCAAAUGAAUGGUCAAAACAUGUUGAAAAUCAUCGAGAUAAUUUACUUAGUUAUAUACUUUUCUUGCGGAUGACUCCACUUUUACCGAACUGGUUUAUUAAUUUAUGUGCUCCGGUUAUUGGUGUGCCAUUAUACCCAUUUGCUGUUGGAACAUUUUUUGGUGUUGCACCACCUUCAGUGAUAGCAAUUCAGGCUGGUAAAACAUUACAUACAAUGACAAGCUCUAAUGAUGCAUUCUCUUGGACUUCCGCUUUUGCUUUGAGUGUGUGCGCUUUAUUGUCAUUACUUCCAGUAAUUUUAAAGAAAAAAUUCAAAACAAAACUGGAAUAAAUUUUUAAUUUUAAUUUUAACUGUGAAAUGUUUAUAACUAAAAUUUAACUGAUUAAAUUAGUUGAAAUUUGUUUUUGAAGCUAUGUAUGUAUUUCUAGCCUUUAUUAGAACAAUUGAAUGUCUUAUAAAUUAUAUUAUAUUUAAAUAAUAAAUAUAUUUCGACCGUAAAAGAAUUUUUGUAAAUUCAAAAUCAGUAUUA